UGGCGGUGCAGUGUGGCGCAGAGGACGUCCUGGUAUUGAAACUGCAGACCUCUGAGUGAACCUCACCAGCAGGAAAUACACCGGGCAGGCAGGCGGCGGGGAGCGCUUACGUCGUAAAAUUAUCGCCGUUGUUUAGUCGCUAGUUGAAGCCAGCCGAUUGGAAAGCCAGAAAACCCCAAGGUGGUGUAAACUUUCAAUAUCGUAGCUGAAAACCUAAAUAUCCACGCCGGCAAAUGAUACAUAAGAUGCCUGGUGAAGUUGAUCAUUUGAAGCCAAGAAAGAGGAAGAGCAGCUCUGAGACCAGAAACUCCAGAAAGACAUCUGCUGCAAGGAGGAAAUGUGUGAAAAGUCCAAAGGCAAACUCGUCAUCUGAGAGCAGCUCAGCAGUUGGGAACACUAAAGCAGCUGGUCCUCUGGAGAGAGACUCCUGCAUCAGCUGUGAAUGCCACCAGUCUUCUGGCAGGAGGAGGUGCUCAGCAUCACCAGAGCAUGAAGGACAGGAAGGUAAAGAGAAUGCGCUGAUGAUGGGACAGGAUUCAGACAGCUGCGUAAUGAAUAGCAUCUGGGACAAAUAUGAGCCUGAGCAUAUGGAUUAUGAAGAAACGGGCAGAAUUAUGUUCCCAGAUGAUGACAGUAAUCAGAUCCUUCCUGUGGAGCAGUUCUUUGGAAACCUGGAUGCUGUACAGGAUUUUCCUGAAAGAUCAUCCUCGUCUUCUAGCCGCGCCCAAAGGAAGAACAGGAGGCGACAUUACUACGCUAGAGAGGACAGCGAUGAAGACGAGGUGGAUUUCAACGGUGUGCAGCGAGACAACGGGGUGGGCACUUAGUGAAGAGUUGCCGCUCUUAUAACUGAGAAAGUUCUGCUCAUGAAAAGACAUUAAACCUCUCAGCACUUAGAAAACUACCUGCUCAAACAUUGCAUUCAAUCAAUAAUUAGAUUUUUAAAAAGUCAUAACUGCAAUAAUAAAAUGAAAAUGGCCAAUGUGAGUAAAUGCAGUAAUGUUUUUGAAAUUAUUGCUGAAUGUACGCUCACAUAACACCUGGUGUAGCUAUAUCUGGUGUAACCAUCACCAGUGUUUAUAGCACUUUAUGUAGAAAAUUGAAAUCCUGAGCGCAGCUUCAGAUUAGCCUCUGAGAUACUAAAGAAAAUGCUGGAUUUAAGUUUUUGUUUUCCCAUACAAAUGAAAACUGAUUAAUUGUCAGUGUUACAUGCUGACAAGAGCAACAGAGUGACAAUUUCAGUCUAAGUUUAGAUUACACAUCUGUAAUGAGGAGGGAUGGAGCAUGAACAUCUGUACUGAGAGCUUUAAUAGCACAAAUUCAUUGCUUAAGCUGAACAUCUUCAACAGUUUUCUGCAUAAAAGUCAUUAUUCACCAAGUGUCUCUUCAUGCUCAACUCAUGUGUGCUCACGUUUCUGGCAGCUUUGAAAUAUAUAACACAUCUGUAUCAAUACAUAAUCAAUGUAAUGAAUUAAUUUUCCCUGAGAGGGUUCUUCUAAAAUUUGUAAGAGAGUGUUGUUUAAAAAAAACAAAAAGGUUCCUCAUACAAGACUGCAGUCUGAAAGACUGGAUAAUUUAAACCUGAGUGAAAAUGUAAUCUAACCAAGAGGUUAACAGUAAUUGCACUAGAUGUUGUCGCCUGUAUUUUUUACAUGACUGUUCUAAACCGUCCAAAUAUUUUAUAUAUUUACUGCCUUAUUUAUGUCAAUUUGCUUUUCACAUUCUAUGCAGCAUUCUCAGUAAAUGCAUGAUUCGUUAUCAUCUUUGUACUUAAUUUGUGUACUUUACAUCACAGUGCCAAUACAGUGAACAAAUAAAUGAAUUUCAUGGUU